AUGCAGGUUGUUGUUGAUGAUGAAGCUGAUGAUGACGAUGUUGAGAAUGAAGAUGAAGAUGAUGUUCACAACGUUGAUAAGCAUGCUGAUAACGAUGAUGAUGAUGAGUUUGAUGAUGAUGAUGGUUUUGAUCGUGAUGAUCAUUAUGAUUAUAUGGGGCUCCACCCUGUUGUGCAAAACGCCCUCUACAUCAAUGAUGAGAAUCAAAAUGAGAAUGAAGAUAAUGAGGAUGAAGAUGCUUCGCUUCAAAGGAUGGUGAAUGAGGAUAGAGAAAGCUGGGAAAUGAUGUUUGAAUAUUAUGCAUCAGGGAACCAUGCUCUUGUCAGAGGAGUAACACAGUAUGACAACAUUUUUGCUCACGAAGAAGAACAAAACAAUGAACCAGAAGAGGAAAUGGUUGAUAAAUUGGAUGGGGCAUACAAAGAAUUAGAAGACUGUUACAAUAAACUGAGCACAUUGUUAAAACAGUCAAAGACUGAAUACCCAAAUAGCCUCCUGGUACACAUUAAAUACUCACAAUGUAUGACAUUGUUGGAGAACAUCUCAAAAUUUGUUGAUGAAAACGCCAAAGAAGUGCCAGCUGAAAGAGAGGAAGGUAAACAUGAAACUGAGGUUGAAAAUGAGGUGGUACUAGGAGGUGAAAAUGAAGAAGAAGGGGAAAAGGAGAUGGCUGGAAUAGAAAACGUCAUUGAAAAGAAGGAUAAGGAGGAGGUGAAACUGAAGAAGAAGGGGAGAAGGAGAUGGCUGGAAUUGAAAACGCCAUUGAAGUGGAAACAGUUGAUGAAAACGUCAUUGAAGUGGAAAGAGUUCAUGAAAACGCCAUUGAAGUUGAAAAUGAAGGAAAAGGAGAAGGAGAAGGAGAAGGAGAAGGAAAAGGGGAAUGAGAAGGAAAAGAAGAAGAGGAAAGGGUGUCGGAAGGGAAUGGUGAAGGGGAUGGAGAAGGAGAAGGAGAAGGGAAAGGAGAAGGGGAAACGAGAGUAG